GAUCCGAGGAUCGCCUGGUUCCAGCCAGAGCAGCUCGGACCGUCCAACAGUCUGUGGAUGCAGAUCUGGGAGACGACCCAGGGGCUGAGGAACCUGUACUUCAACCACCACUGUCACAGCAGCGGCGGCGCGAGCGGCGGCGGCGGCGGCAGCAGCACGGCCACCGGCGGGAGCGGCAGCAGCACCGGCAGCCUCGGCGGCGCGGCGCCGGCCCCGGCCCCGGCGGGCAUGUACCGCUCCGGGGAGCGCCUGCUGGGCGGCCACGCGCAGGCAGCGGAGUCCCGGGACUUCCUGCCCCUGGAGACGACCAACAACAACCACCACCACCACCAGCCCGCGGCCUGGGCCCGCCGCGCCGCCGCGGGCCCCUCGGCGUCCCUGUCCCCCUCGGCGACCGCGUCCCCGCACUCCUCGGCCGCUGUCCCCGCCGCGGAGCCCGCCGACCCGACCUCCGGCAGCAGCAACAAGCGGAAGCGCGACAACAAGGCCAGCACCUACGGACUCAACUACAGCCUGCUGCAGCCCGGCGCAGGGCGGGCCGCGGGGGGCGGCCGGGCGGACGGCGGCGGGGGCGUGUACAGCGGGACCCCGUGGAAGCGGAGGAACUACAACCAGGGAGUCGUGGGUCUGCAUGAAGAGAUCAGUGACUUUUAUGAAUACAUGUCUCCACGGCCCGAGGAGGAGAAGAUGCGCAUGGAGGUGGUGAGCAGGAUCGAGAGUGUCAUCAAGGAGCUCUGGCCCAGCGCUGACGUCCAGAUAUUUGGGAGUUUCAAAACUGGCCUUUAUUUACCUACUAGUGACAUCGACCUGGUGGUGUUUGGGAAAUGGGAAAACCUGCCGCUCUGGACCCUGGAAGAAGCUCUUCGGAAACAUAAAGUUGCAGAUGAGGAUUCAGUGAAAGUUUUAGACAAAGCAACUGUACCUAUUAUUAAAUUAACAGAUUCUUUUACUGAAGUGAAAGUUGAUAUCAGCUUUAACGUACAGAAUGGUGUGAGAGCAGCUGAUCUCAUCAAAGAUUUUACCAAGAAAUAUCCUGUAUUACCAUACUUGGUUUUAGUAUUGAAACAGUUCUUAUUACAGAGGGACCUUAAUGAAGUAUUUACAGGUGGAAUUGGCUCUUAUAGUCUCUUUUUAAUGGCAGUCAGUUUCCUUCAGUUACAUCCCAGGGAAGAUGCUUGCAUCCCCAAUACGAACUAUGGUGUUCUUUUAAUAGAAUUUUUUGAAUUAUAUGGACGACACUUCAAUUAUUUAAAGACUGGCAUCCGCAUAAAGGAUGGUGGUUCAUAUGUGGCCAAAGAUGAAGUGCAGAAAAAUAUGCUGGAUGGCUACAGGCCGUCGAUGCUGUAUAUUGAAGAUCCUUUACAACCAGGUAACGAUGUUGGAAGGAGCUCCUAUGGGGCCAUGCAAGUGAAACAGGCCUUUGAUUAUGCCUACGUCGUUCUAAGUCACGCGGUGUCACCCAUAGCCAAGUACUAUCCCAACAACGAGACAGAGAGCAUAUUAGGUAGAAUAAUUAGAGUAACGGACGAAGUUGCCACGUAUAGAGAUUGGAUAUCAAAGCAGUGGGGCUUGCAGAACAGGCCUGAGCCUUCGUGCAACGGAAAUGGUGUUACCUUGAUAGUAGAUACUCAGCAGUUAGAUAAAUGUAAUAAUAAUCUAUCUGAAGAAAAUGAAGCCCUUGGAAAAUGUAGAAGUAAAACUUCGGAAUCUCUUAGUAAACACUCUUCAAACUCUUCAUCAGGUCCAGUGUCUUCCUCCUCCGCCACACAGUCCAGCUCUAGUGAUGUCGACUCCGAUGCGACACCAUGCAAAACCCCGAAGCAGCUGCUCUGCCGUCCAUCCACUGGGAACCGAGUAGGGUCGCAGGAUGUGUCCGUGGGGUCCCCUCAGGCAGGUGGGAAAACGCAGAGCUCCCAAAGCACUAACACGCCUAGCAGCGCUGACAAACCGCAGCACGGAUCAGCGAGGCUCUUUCGUUCUUCCAGCAAAGGCUUCCAAGGUACAGCCCAAACAAGCCAUGGGUCCUUGAUGACAAACAAACAGCAUCAAGGCAAAUCAAAUAAUCAGUAUUACCAUGGCAAAAAGAGAAAACACAAGAGGGACACCCCCCUCUCAGACCUCUGUAGAUAGUCGCCGUUGUACGAUGGACGGUCUUCUGUGUGCAGUCACCUCAUGCCCAGGACAGUUGCCUGGGGACUCCUGGGACACGUUUGGGAGCCUUACACUGUUCUCACGUUGAUUUAGCAACUGCGUUUUUUCCCAGCUCGCCAUGGAAUGGAUCAUGAAGACUGACAGCUGCAAAAACAGCAAGCGAAAAAAGGGGGGAAAAAAAGCUGCUCAUUUGAUAAGUCAUAUGCUACAACAGGGUCAUUUUAAGAUUUAAAGCUUGAAUGUAAAAUAAAUAUAUUUCUCAUUGGCUUUAUGCAGAGUUAGAGGGAAUAGUAUUCAGUGUGGGUAGGGUGAUAGGAAGAGAACAUUUCAGAGGGUUGGGGUGGGAAGGAGAACAGAGGUAAUCGCAUAGGAAGUCCAGACUCCAAAGGGGAAAGUGGUCUGUGCAUGUUUGUUUUUUUAUUUUAAAUAUUUUUGCAUAUAUUUACCAUUUUAUUGUGUGUAUAUAUAGAUGACCAUAUAGGAAAUCAGUAUUUGUAAUAGUGGAUUUGUUAAUACUUUUUACAUAACAUUACUGUUUAAAUUGUAAACAGAUUUUUCUCAGGAUUAGUUUGCAAAAUAAUCUGAAUUGUCAUCUUAACACCCAUGUAUAGGGAAGUGAUUCGUUCUCUUACUCAAUUUGUUUUCCUCGGCAUUGAAAUGACUUAACAGAACCCUUGUGACCUGCUGCUGCAAGAUGUUUCCUCUCUAAAGAAAAGGUUGAUGGUGGCAAAUGACGGUUAUUUUAUUUUGUAAAAACAAAUAUAUAAUAUAUAUGUACUAUGUACUUUUGUGUAAACACUGAAAAAUCUCUAGUCAUCUCUAAAAAUGAACUUGCAACCAUUUUCUCUAGUGCUGUCGUCUCGGGCAAUGGGGCAGCUCCAUAACUUUGUAUCUGUUUCCUUUGGGUUCCCUUCUCCCCCCCCCCCGCCCCCCUCCAAUAGGGAAAAAAGGCCACCGUGUCUGGUCCCAUUCCUGUCGCAGUGAAACCUUGAGUUCCACAGACUGCAUGAUGGCCCCUCUAACCCUGUGUGUGUGCUGCACGUGCUUGUGUUUUCUCAUCUCUUACUCUUUUUUUAAAUUCAUGCUUAACUACUGUGGGAGAGAAUAACUGUAAACAGCUUUAAUUAAAUCAUACUUAUAAAAAACUAUUUUCUUAUACUUUAUGCUUUUGGUAUUGUUGGUCUUUAAAAAUUAAAUGGUCUUUGAUAAUGGAUCUAUUUUGUAUUGCCUUAUUAAGACCAAAUACUUCUUGUCAUCCCAUUCUCCUCUCCUUCCACGGAAUUGUUAUCUUUAAUUAAAACUUUUUUAAACAUCAGCUUGUUUCAAUCAUAUUGUAAAUUUUGGUUGUGGUCAGCUCUGAGUACAAAUGAAAUGUAUAAUUCUGUUACUCGUCACACAUUGAGUUUGAAACUUGUUUGGGAAUAUUUACUAUAAUAGAAUGUAAGUGACAUUUCUGAAAAUGCUUUCUUUUAAGGUGAAAGCUCUUAUGUUUAGCAUCAGUGUGUGUUAAUUAUAGCCAUUUCUGAGAUGAGAUUAUUAUAUAUAUAUAUAUAUAUAUACACACACACACGUGUGUGUGUGUGUGUGUGUGUGUGUGUGUGUGUGUGUACACACACACACAGACACACACAUACAUAGAAAGUACUGUUGGCUUUUAGGAAUUUCUUUUAUAUACAUUUAUGAAAUACUGAAGACCAAUCAGACCAUUAAUGGACACUUAGUGCAACUUUUUAUAAAGAAAAUAAUGCUAAAGUAAGUAAGACCAAAACUGAUGUCAUCACUGAAAUGAAUAAUUUUCAAUAUGUUCGUAUUUUAAUUCACAACAGAAAAAUGUGUUCCAAAACUGGAAACUCAUAAUACUUGUGUAAACCGUGGAAGAUUUUAAAUGUGAUGUUACUUUGACAAUGUUUUAAAUUUUAGAGUCACAUUUUAUUCUGAUCAGAAUUUUUAUCAAGAUGUUGAGCUUUUGUUAUUUGGAACUAGUUUGUCAUAACAUAUUGUGCGCAUAAUCACAGUAUUUAUUUUCUAGGACUAUUGUGAAUGUGUAGAUUUAUGUUUACUGCUAAGGGAACAAUUAUUUAUAAAAUAAAAUUAAAUCCAGUAUUAGCUGCCUAUUUCAGACACUUAAUACGUGCAGAGAUUCAUGUUACAUUUACCACACUGAAGUUUGUUUUGUUUCGUUUGUUUUGUUUUUUUAAAGAAUCAUCCUCAUUGUUGAAAGUGGAUGUCCUCUUAGGGUGCGGAUAUUAGUGUUCCAAUACGCAUGUGAUUAUAUUAAGGUGGUGGUAGCGGGAAGAUAAUCUUGAUUCCAUUGGGAAUCUUAGGUUUUCGUAAAUUUAUUGGGAAAAUAGUUUUUCCUGUAUUGCUGAAGUUUCUUUUUGGUAAACAGUAUCUUUCUAAAAGAAAAAGCAUGAAGGAGAACUUGAGGUGUGUAAUUUCCUCAAACGACCAGCAUUGUCCUCGUGAAUACUGUGUAUCUUGCGAUGAACAGUGUGGAAAACUGUUCACUUUUCAAUCUGAAGUAAAAUACUUUCAAGAACUUUUA